AUGAAAGGACUUUUACUUCUGUCAGUGUUCAUUGCCGGCUGCUUUGCCAGAAGCGUUUUUGUGAUAAAAAUUAAUGACUUGGAAUCAUCUUCUGAUGCUUCAUCAAAUGAUCGUCAACUUAAAAGACAGAAAAGACAAUUUGGAUUCGGUGGUGAUUAUUUUGGACCACAAAAUUAUGGUCAAAGCUCGGCUCAAGCAAAUGCCAAUGCUUUCAAUCAAUAUUAUGGUCCCGAUGGGUUUGGAGCGAGUAGUUCACUUGCUGGUGCACAAGCAUUCAACUCACAGUCACCAUAUGGUGACUUCGGAGCUUCAGCAGCUCAUUCAGGUUCUCAAGGUUUCUACGGUGGACCAGAUGGCUUCGGUGCAAAUGCUGGCUUCUCUGGAAGUCAAUCUUAUAAUCUUCCAAACGGACAAAACCUCGCACUGUCAUAUGGAUCAGGCUACAACUACGUGCCAGGUGAAGCACCUCAAAUCACAAACUCCAACAGCAUCGCAUUCACAUAAAUUGAGAAAUAAAAUUUCAAAUUA